UGGGAGUACGCCCAUGACGGGCGGGCGCUAGGACCCCGCGGACGCCUCCUCCAUGCAGCAGCAGCAGCAGCAGCAGUGAAAGGGACCAGAAAUCCGCUGCUCGCCGCGAGAGGAGAUCGAAAUGAUGCUGCCGUCAAAAAAGGAUUAAAAACCCGGAGCAUCAACCCGCCGCCGGUGGAAACGUACAUCCGGACGAGGAGGAGGAGGGGGGGGGGGGGGAGACAUGCCGUCGCAGAGCAUCCGUCGCGACGCCUGACUCGACCCCCACCAUGAUGAAGACAGAAGCCACCACCAAGAGCUCCACUCUCAGGAGCGCCUCCCCGCACAGGAGCGCCUACGAGGCGGGGAUGCAGGCCCUCAAGCCCGUGGCGGACAGCGCCAACGGGGACGUGCGGCAGGACGGCCCCCGCGGGCGCCGCUACGGAUCCAACGUGCACCGCAUCAAGAACAUGUUCCAGCAGCUGCAGACCCCGGGCGACGCCGAGGCCGAGGAGGACGCCAGGGAGGGCGACAAAGCCGUGCGCCUCUCCCUGCCCAGGGCCGGCAGCCUGAACGAGAACGUGGACCACAGUGCCCUCCUCAAGCUGGGCUCCACCGUCUCCGAGCGGGUCAGCAAGUUCGACACCAAGCCCGAGAACGGGCACCAGCGGGCGUCCUCCAAGCUGCAGGAGACGCGGCGCAUCUUCGAGCAGGACAAGCUGGCCACCACCCGGGUCCUGCUCAAGUCCGACAAGGGCCCCGGCCUGCAGGAGGGCCGGCUGGACAUGAUGGCGCGCUUCAACGGCAGCACCGAGUCCCUGGACAGCCUGGACGCCAGCGAGGCCGUGUCCCCCACCGUCAGCCAGCUCAGCGCCGUCUUCGAGCGGGCGGCCGAGCUGCGCAACAACCUGAACCGCCUCUCGUCCACGCCGCCGCUGCCCUCCCGGGGGGUCAGCGCCAAGGUGGGCGUGCUCAACUCCAAGGUCAUCACCAAGCGGGCCAGCGCUCUGGCCGCCCAGGGCGAGGAGAAGGACCAGGAGGCGCGAGCCAGGAGCGUGAACGGCGGUCAGAAGGAGGCGGAGCGGCACGGGGCCAAGAUGGUGUCGGACGCCGGCGUGGAGGCCAAAGCGGAGCAGCUGGCGGAGGCCGGCGGCGCGGCGAGAACGGAGAACGGGGAAAGCGAGGUGCUGGGACCGGCCGGCGCGGAGGAUAGCCGGACUCUGGGAGACGACGACGACGACAGCCAGGAGGAAGACGAGGAGGACGACCGCUACGAGGCCGAGUCCAGCUGCGUGGAGAUCGCCGGGCUGCCCGCCGAGGAGGACCCGCCCCCUUCCAGGAAGAUCCGCUUCAGCUCGGAGCCCAUCAAGGUGUUCGCCACCUACCCCAACGAGGACUACGACCGGCGCAAUGAGGACGUGGACCCCAUGGCGGCGUCGGCGGAGUACGAGCUGGAGAAGAGGGUGGAGAGGCUGGACCUGUUCCCUGUGGAGCUGGAGAAAGACCAGGACGGCCUGGGCAUCAGCAUCAUCGGCAUGGGGGCCGGGGCCGACAUGGGCCUGGAGAAGCUGGGCAUCUUCGUCAAGACCGUCACCGACGGCGGGGCGGCGCAGCGUGACGGCAGGAUCCAAGUGAACGACCUCAUCGUGGAGGUGGACGGCACCAGUUUGGUGGGAGUCACGCAGACGUUUGCCGCCACGGUGCUGAGGAACACGUCAGGAAGCGUCAAGUUCUUCAUGGGGCGCGAGAAGCCGGGCGAGCAGAGCGAGGUGGCCCAGCUGAUCCAGCAGACUCUGGAACAGGAGCGCUGGCAGAGGGAGAUGCUGGAGCAGCGCUACAAUCAGUACAUGGAGGAGCAGGAGGGUGGCGAGUACGGCACAGACGAGGAGGACGAGGAGGACGAAGACGUCAGCCCGCAGUACACCGGCGCCAUCGAGGUGUUCGACCUGGCGGAGAACGAGGACCUGUCGCCCCUGGAGACGGACCCUGAGAAACUGGCCCAUAAAUACAAAGAGCUCCAAAUCAAACACGCGGUGACGCAGGCGGAGAUCCAGCAGCUGAAGAGGAAGCUGCAGCACGCCGAGCAGGAGCGUCAGCGCUGGCGGGCGGACAAGGCCCAGCUGGAGCGGACCCUGCAGGAGAACAAGGAGCGCAUGGAGAAGCUGGAGGGCUACUGGAUGGAGGCGCAGAGUCUGUGCCAGGCCGUGGACGAGCACCUGAAGGAGACCCAGGCGCAGUACCAGGCGCUGGAGCGCAAGUACGGCAAGGCCAAGCGGCUCAUCAAGGACUACCAGCAGAAGGAGGUGGAGUACCUGAAGAAGGAGACGCAGCGAUGCGCGCAAGUCGGCGCCGAGGCGUCGCUCCUCCAGGAGGAGUCGGGUCAACUGCAGGAACAGGUGGCCGACUUGGAGUGUCAGGUAGAAGAGCUGAAAUCAGAACCUUUAUGAGGAAGAAAGGAGAGCACAACGAGCUGCAGGGUAUCUCUCGUCUCGCAUCCUCUUACGUAUCGCCUCCGCGUUCAAACCCUCACUUUCUAGUUUCUACCGAAAGCCGAGCAAACUCCAGUAUUAAAAAAAAAAACCCUAAUUUGUGAUUUUUUUUUUUGGUUUUUGGGUGACAACAUUGGGCUUUUUGCUUUGUAAUUGCCAAAAGAAAAGAAAAGGAAAAGUCCCUCCUCGGAUCUUUCUAGUUUUGUGAGCUUUUUUCCAGCGUACAGACGUCAUUAAGUGUUUUAACAAGAGUUUUAAUAUAACCUAAAGUCUAAUUAGACUAGAUUGAGGUGCGGGCGUGACGCCGAGGGAUUUAAAAAAAAACAAAAAAACGGAGCCGCCGAGAGAACAAUAACCGUCGUGUAACCAUGGCAACCACCUGCUGCCUACCUUUGGGAAGUGUUUUUUCCGUGUAUUAUUCCUAUUUUUUACAUACGGACUCGCAAGUAAGAAGGCGUUUCUAAAAGUCCGGGAACCAGCAGCUGCACGUGUGACGGCGGCGUGUAGCACAACAACGUGGGGGGUGGGGGGGGAGGGAAAAGAACGUAACACACUGCCUGAACGGGAGCGCAGCGCCUUGUGUCCAUCUUCAUAUUUAUAAAAGGACAAAACUCAAUUCUGUGUCAUGUCAUGAAUAAAUGGACAAAAGUACCGUAUUUUUCGGACUAUAAGUCGCAGUUUUUUUCAUAGUUUGGAAAACUAUAAAUCGGGGGUGCGAUUUAUACUGCGGAGCGACUUAUGUGUGAAAUUAUUAACACAACACCGUAAAAUAUCAAAUAAUAUUAUUUAUCUCAUUCACGUAAGAGACUAGACGUAUAUCAGCGUGACAGAUUGUUUGGUAAACGUAUAGCAUGUUCUAUAUGUUAUAGUUAUUUGAAUGACUCUUACCAUAAUAUGUUACGUUAACAUACCAGUUGGUUAUUUAUGCCUCAUAUAACGUACACUUAUUCAGCCUGUUGUUCACUAUUCUUUAUUUAUUUUAAAUUGCCUUUCAAAUGUACGGAGCCCCUAAAGGGACAU